CCGUGUCGCUAGAGCUUUGGUCCCGCGCGAGCGUAAUUUAAAAAAAUUCGACGCGAUGUGAUUUGAAAUUCGAACGCCGCGGUAUCUGUGCUCGGAAUUUAAAAAAUAUUCGGAAGUGACGUGAGUGGAUUUGAAGUUUUUGAAAUUGGAAUUAAGUGUUUGAGAAGUGUCGAGAUUUGAGUGUUUCGUUGUGUUGUAGACCGGAUUUCCUGUUGGCAUCUGAAGUGUGUUGUUUGCUGAAAUUGGAUAUUGUGUUGUUAACUGAGGUAUCGACCGGAAUUCAAGGAAUGGACAUUAAAUGCGUGACGCAGUAAUGCUAGAGAAAGGCCCCUGACGACAUGGCGAAUGUUUGCGUAGUGGUGACCAUCCUGUGUGCCUCGCUGAUAUUAGGAGGCAGCACACACAGACACGGGCACGAUAUCUCAACAGAGGACCCGGACCUUGGAGAACAUGAUAACUCCACACACCAUGGCAAGGACCACGGCGGCUGGUCGCAAUGGAGUUCCUGGUCGCUCUGCUCACGCACGUGCGACGGCGGCGUGUCGCGGCAGCUCCGGACAUGUUCGUCCCCGGCCGGCUGUCGCGGCGAGCCGGUGCGGUACAAGAUCUGCAACAUGCAGCCUUGCCGCGGAAACGUGUCUCUGCUAGAAGAGGACAUAUGGCGUGAGCAGCAAUGCGCAGCUCACGACAACACCGCUUAUGGCGGCGAGCUGUUCCACUGGCGAGCUCAUAGGGAUGACGCUGAACCGUGUGCACUGACUUGCAGAGGGGAGCCGCAGCAUGCGUUGCAAACUGAGCCGAGUACAUCCCUUGACGAAGAGGAUCGUGUGGUGGUAGCGGUGUUGGCAGCAAGAGUGUCUGACGGAACCAGGUGUCGACCGGGCAGUCUGGACAUGUGCAUUGAUGGACGAUGUCAGCGCGUCGGAUGCGACCUGCGCGUGGGCAGCACACGUCGCGUUGACGAGUGUGGAGUCUGCGGUGGAGAUGGAUCAUCCUGUUCCAGGCCAAGAUACCACUGGCUCGCAACCCCAGGGUCGCUGUGUUCUGCAACUUGUGGCGGGGGUUACAAGAUGUCGCUAGCAGUCUGCCGCGAUCGCCUAACAGGAUCAGACGCACCUGAGCAGCUCUGCGAUGCAUCGAGCAAGCCUCAAGCAUCCAUAGUUCCGUGUAACACACACCCUUGUCCUUUCAAGUGGUACGUUGGAGAAUGGUCGUCGUGCAGCGUUACCUGUGGUGGAGGGGUGCGCUCGCGUCGCGUCCUAUGCGCACGUUCUGCUAACAUGACUAGAACAGACACAUAUGAACCAGGUUCGAGUCCCGAUCCUGGUUGCGUGUCGCCAGCUCCUCGCUCAACACAGCCUUGCAACACUGAGGACUGCCCCGUCUGGGUCGAAGGACCAUGGUCAGGGGAUGAUAUAGAAGAACUCCUCCCAGGGGUAGUGUACCACACACAACCGCUCAUACAACCAUACCCCCCACCUCAAGCGAAGGCCGAGCGUCUCAUCGGCGAACCCGAUGUACCGGUUGAAGCCACCUACAUCAAGGAUGAUGAAUGGGGGCCAUGCAGUGUAUCGUGUGGAGAAGGUUGGCGGAAGAAAGAAGUCCAUUGCAAGAUAUUCCUGGAGUUCAGUAGGACUAUAGCGAAACUGCCGGACAGUAAAUGUAUGGGGCCGAAGCCGAUGGAGGACACUGAGAGAUGUGUGAUGGAACCUUGUUCUUUGGCGUAUGGGACGUCGUUUGGGGAUUCAAGUGUACCUGCGUAUGGAUCUGACAGGUCCCUUACCUACGGCACGUCAAGCAACAUCAGGGUAGCGCCGGGGUCUCCUGGCAAGUCCUACUCCUGGAAGGAGAAGGGGUAUACAAGCUGCAGCGCGUCCUGUCUUAGUGGUGUCCAGGAGCUGAUAAUCCAGUGCGUGAGAGAUGAAGAUGGGAAGAACGCAUCGCCAUACAUGUGCGAUCCGCUGACGAAACCUGAGAACAGAGUCAGGACUUGCAACGACCAUCCGUGUCCGCCAAGAUGGAACUACACCGAGUUUUCCCAGUGUACCAAAUCCUGCGGUAUUGGUAUACAGACGAGGGAAGUCUCGUGUAUUCACGAGGUAACCCGCGGCGGCACAAACACCGUAGUCGUACCAAACAGCAUGUGCCCACAACCGCCGCCCCCAGACCGGCAGUACUGCAAUGUGCUUGACUGCCCCGUCCGCUGGCAUACGGGAGAAUGGUCCAAGUGCUCCAAGACUUGUGGAGGGGGGAUAAAACAAAGAGACGUGGAAUGCAAGCAAAUAAUGGCCCAGUCCCACGUGGUGGAACGGCCUGUGUCCUUCUGCAAUUCUCCCAAGCCAGCACCAACCAAGUCCUGUAACAGUCGACCCUGUCUUCUGGACACGUCUGCUCCAGAGAUCCAGCUGGACAAUUCUUCUUACAUACAACACGAUCCAAAGAAGAAGAAGGUGACGGUGAAAGUUGGAGGUUCAGCCACCGUGUUCUACGGGACGCAGGUGAAGAUAAAGUGUCCAGUCAAAGGCUAUAAUCGCACCAAGAUCCAGUGGGCGAAGGACCAUCAGAUCAUCACCAAGUCGAAGAAGUACAAGAUAUCGAAAAAGGGCGCUCUCCGCAUAAACUCCCUAUCGCUCCGAGAUCACGGCAUCUACACAUGCGUUGCCGGCCGCUCCAGCGCCAACCUGACAUUACUGGUCAAGCCGCGACCAGGCGAGUUCCCGUCCAGCGAGGAGAUAGAACGGCAUAAAGCGCUGGACGAACCGUCCUCGCCUUUAGCUGACAGCAGAACCGAUGGCCGCUACCGAGCUAUGGUGGGGGGCAGAUCGGAUGACCAAUCCCACGAGCAACGGCCCGGCGACACGCGGAAAAGCUUUAAAGGGAAACAGAAGGGUAAAAUAGACAAAAUCCGAGACGCCCUGCACAACCCGGUGACGACGAAAGCAUCUCCGUCCUACAACUCCCAGGCCAGGGAUAUUUAUGACGAAAAUGAGGAGAGCGCUGUCUCCUCCCAGAUGCUCCCUCCAAAACCGAGCAGUGGCUCCCGUCUGCUGCCCUGCUUCCACUUCCUGGUCAUGCAGAUCCAGAUGUUUUGGAAUUUCCAGGGUUUUGGGAACUCAAGAGGACAGCGGAUGGUAGACCCGCUCAUAAUGUACCAAAACUACGGGACUCCUAUCAAAGCCCACAUAAUCAAUUUGGAAGAUAAGCAAAUUGUUUUCCCUGAAGAUGAUGAUUCUGACAUUAUUAUUGUCAAUGAAGAUUAUGGGAAGAAUACCAUUGAUGAAGUUAGAGUUGAGAAUUUGAAAGAUGAUGAUCUAGAAGUAACAACGGAAGUCAAACGAGUGGAAGCUGUAGAUGCCAAAGAGUACGCGUGGAAGACAACAGACUGGUCUCCGUGUAAUGCUCCCUGUGGACAGACGGGCCAUCAAGUUAGAGGAGCUGUUUGUCAGCACAAGAAAAACAACUCAACAACAACAGUAGAGACAGACGAGUGUCUCUCGCGUGGCUUAUUGCCACCCUCCGUCUUGCUCGCGUGUUCGACCGGCGCUUGCGCAUCAUGGAGAGCGUCACCGUGGUCGGGAAUACGUUGUCUCGCCAGUGGCGCUGCUGUCGUCCGCCGCCGAGUGGAAUGCGUCAGCGCGAAUGGUACCGUUCUUGCUGCAGAGGCGUGCGACGUCAGCACGCAGCCAGAAAAGACUAGACGGGAACCCCAGCCAUGCAAGGCUGCUUGGGCCGUUGGGCCGUGGAGCAAGUGUAUAGGACCCUGCGGCACACCAGGCCGGCAGCACCGCGUGCUUCGCUGCGUGUGGCGUCACAACCAAUCACAGAGGCGCCGCAAGGAGCGCAGCGCGGGUGCAGCCUGCCAGUUCCUCAGGCGGCCUAGCGUGAUACGUCAGUGCGACGUUGCAUGCCCGCGAGAUGGCGUGUGUCGCGACUCGUCGCGUUUCUGCGAGAACGUGCGUGCCAUGAACAUGUGCGCCCUUCAGCGCUACAAGUCGCAGUGCUGCAAGACAUGUAACUAUUAGUUCAAGUAAUUUAA